GAGAGAGAGAGAAGGGACACGCAAUUCUAGAGUGAGACCCCAUUGCAUUGCAGAGAAGAUAGAGCCAAAACCAACCAGGUUGGUUCCCUCAAAAGCCUUCUUCUUUUCACUCUCUCUGUCCAAUAACUCUCUCUCUCUCUCUCGUUGUGGUAGCAUAGCAUAGCAUCAGGGAACAGAGAAAAAGCAGAGUGCUCUGUUUCUACAGUUGCAGAGUGUGUGUGUAUGUUUCCCUGCUCUUGAGAAAGAAAGACAAGUCAAAUAUCUAUAUCUAUAGUGAUAACUAUACGAACUACAACUUACAAUACCGUGUGAGAAGAGAAAUGCAGCAGCACCUGAUGCAGAUGCAGCCCAUGAUGGCAUCCUACUACACCAACAACAACGUCACCUCUGAUCACAUUCAACAGUACCUGGAUGAGAACAAGUCCUUAAUUCUGAAGAUUGUUGAAAGCCAGAACUCUGGGAAGCUGAGCGAGUGUGCUGAGAAUCAAUCAAGGCUCCAGAGAAAUCUCAUGUACCUGGCUGCAAUAGCUGAUUCUCAACCCCAACCACCCACCAUGCCUGGUCAGUAUCCUCCAAGUGGAAUUGUGCAGCAGCAAGGUGCACACUACAUGCAGCAGGCUCAACAACAGGCUCAGCAGAUGACACAACAGCAACAACUCAUGGCGGCACGCUCUUCCCUUUUGUACACUCAGCAGCAGCCUUACUCCACACUUCAACAGCAGCAAGCCUUGCAGCACAGCCAGCUCGGUAUGAGUUCCGGUGGAAGUUCCGGCCUUCACAUGUUCCAAAGUGAAGCUACCAGUGUUGGAGGCAAUGCCGGGUUUCCCGACUUCGCACGCAAGCAUGAUAUUGGAAGCUCAGCUGACGGCCGCGGGGGAGGUAGCUCCUGUGAAGGGGGUGAAACCCUCUACUUGAGAUCUUCUGAUAAUUGAAAUUAACCAGCGCCAAUGCUAAUGUUCCUGGUCUUCCUUUUUGGCAUUUUAGUUGAUUAGGACUUAAUUAGGAGAAUUAGGGAAUGGGAGAAAGGAAAAAACUUGGUGGUUAGUUAUCAUGCUUGUUUAUCUUAUGCUAGAAGGUUAACAAUUAGAUGAUUGCCUUAGCAUUUCUGCAGUAGUACUAGUAAGUACCAUGGUGCAUGCAUGUUCUGUUUUGUUUUGUGAAAUUUUGGUCAUGAAGUGAGGUUGUUCCAUGUGGAAGUUUAAA